AUGGUAAAAUUCGAAGAAUUUCAGAAAUUAACACCAAAAGAAAAGAAGAAGGCGAUGGCCGAAUUACAUGAUUUGCGUGGACCUACCUACUAAAUUUAUAAAGAGAAGCCAUUCAAUCACAUUCAAAAAAAAGUGAAUCCAAAACACAACUUUGGAAUAUAUUCAGUCCCAAAAUAUUUUAUUUGAU